GAGCACACAGAAUAUCAGCAACAAUGGAAGGGAGUAAGAGUAUGGUGCUUAAGUUUGGGGGUUCUUCUUUGCAAGUCAACGCCACCACGAAGAAAGGCAAAGACAACAUGAGUAAGUGCUUCACAUACACACGUGGUUGGAGAUUUCUUUCUUUGAACAUAACCCUAUUAGGCAACGCCGAUCGUAUAAACAACGUACUCCUCGAAAUCUCCGAAAACAACGGUAAGGGUUCUUCUGCCAAUUUAGGUCUUCGGGUCGUAAGGAAUGACAGGUACGGCGUUUUAUGUAAAAUGAGUAGUGAGUUUUUGGGUUCAUAUGAUUCGUAUAAGGAUAACUAUUGCGUGCCACCUUAUCAAAACACGGAACUUUUUCAUUACAUGUGUCAUGAGACUGGUUCAGCAGGUUUUUUCAGUCUAGAAAAGAAGGUGAACAAAGAAGUUGUGGAGAGUGUGAAGGCCAUACACGCCUUUGUGGUUGGCGAUGAAACCUUGAAUGUCAAAACAAAAAUAACAUACGACAAAAGAGUUGGGUUGAUUGUUGAGGUGGAAGACCCUGUGAAGCUUACAACGGAUUAUAUGUUUCAUGUCUUUUCAAAAGCUGUGGGGAAGAUGGAAAGUGAGAUGGACGCUAGCACGCUCCCUGGGAAUGGCAAACGUCUACCCCGCACCAAUGGCAUCGAUAACGAGUUUGACUACGACGACGACGACGACAGGAUAAGCAGGACACUUGUUGCCAAUAGUUACCCUUGCAAGCCAAACGUGCAAUAUGAAUUCAAAGAUAACUAGUUGAAAAGAGAAAAUUGAUAGAUGUAAUAAACGAUGUAACAUGUCCCAAAUAUAAGAGUGUGCAAGUUAUUAUAAUGCCACAAAAAUAAUUUUAUUUUAAGUAUAUUAAUGAAAUUAAGA